AUGAUUCUUCGUGAAAUUCCAAUUCAUAUAUCAGCUGACGAUCAACAUUUGAUUCCACCAUCGGGAGCAAUAUUCACAACAACGACAACAGCAACAACAACAACAACAACAACAACAACAACAUCAACGACACUGUAUUCAUCUAAUAGCCGAUCUGUGCCAACUACAGACAGAACAACAACAACAACAACAACAACGGCAACGACACUUUAUGUAUCUGAUAGCCGAUCUGUGCUAACAACAACAACUACAAGUUAUUCUUACGAUGUGUCAUCCACCGCAGACACUACCGAACCUUCAUCAUCUUCGGAGUAUUUAGAGUCAUUUGAACAUGAUAGCUCAUACAGAGUAGAAGCACUGAAAAUAUUAUUUGAUACAUCAGCAGUGACAAUGGAUACCUGUGAUAAAACCUCAUCUAGUUGCUCGUUCUCACAUUCUUCGAAUAAUGGUCAAACUUCAACAUUCUCAUCUUGGUUUGCUCUUUUUGUACCAUUGUUCUUCUUUAUGAUAGUAUAUUAA